AUAAAAGACGACAUCGAAAUGCAUAAACAAUAUCGUAGAUAUAUCAAUGCGGAAAAGGAACAAGCAUCUAAAUUAGACAAUAUUAAGGAAAAAGAACAAGCGUCUAAAUUGGACAAUAUUAUAAAAAAAGAACAAGCAUCUGAAUUAGAUAAUAUUAAAAGGGUUGAAUUGGACGAUAUUUAA